UGCGCUGUGCGUCUUGACGCUGAUGGGAGAAGCUGUAGAGCUCGCGUCAGACACCUUGUAGACUAGACCGCGCACGACUCACGUGCGGAGGUAAAAUGCAGCUGAACAAUCGGAAAAUGAGCACGAGUCUGGCUUCGGUUGUCAUCUAACAUUAGUUUGUGAGAAGAGGAGCCAUGAAGAAACACCAGAGUCCUACGAAACAACAACAGCAGCAGCAGCAGCAGCAGCAACCACCAGCUGAUGUCCCGGUUCCAAGCACCGAGGUUACCGUUCAACAACUCAACGAGCUCCUGUCGGACGGCAGCGGCUUCUACAGCCUACCGACACAGCACUUCAACGAGGUGUUCCCCAGGAUUUACAUCGGCAACGCGUUUGUAGCCCAGAAUACAAUGCGUCUUCAGAAACUCGGAGUGACACAUGUCCUCAACAUGGCAGAGGGCACUUCCUUCAUGCAUGUCAACACCAGUGCAGAUUUCUACACCGGCACAGGCAUCACAUACCAUGGUAUCCAGGCCAAUGACACCGAGCAGUUCAACCUCAGUGCCUUCUUUGAGGAGGGGGCAGAUUUUAUUGACAAGGCUCUAGCACACAAUAAUGGCAAAGGGAAGGUGUACGUACACUGCAGAGAGGGUUACAGCCGCUCCCCCACCAUGGUUGUUGCUUACCUCAUGCUGCGCCAUAAAAUGGAUGCCCGGUUGGCGGUGGCCACUGUGAGGCAUAAGAGAGAAAUUGGUCCUAAUGACGGCUUUCUGCGCCAACUGUGCCAGCUUAAUGAGAAACUGGCAAAGGAGGGCAAGCUGAACGGGGAGGUGGGCAAGCUAAAGACCAAAUGAAAGCAAGAGAAGGUGGUAUUAAGAGACUCUCUGUCCUAUCUUCUCCCAUCAUGCCUUUCACAGGUUUCAGCUGCUCUCUGAGACUGACCCCACCUUGAUCAAACCAGCACCCAUCUGACUCACCAGGGGUAUUUUAACACACAAAUCUAUACACAUGGUUCUUAGUAUAGAUAUUUCUGCCUCAUGCUCACACAAAUUCUGACACACAUGCAGACACACUACUCAUCUGCCAUCUUUAUUGUUGUUUAUUUCUAAUGUCCAAUCUACGUCUUGCUGCUGCUCUGCAAUGGGCCGUUGAUCUUCUUCACAAGCUCCUGAUGAGCACGAUCACUAAUACCUAACCUCUUUUCUAACUCCGUACUGAUGUGCAGAUGUCACACUGCAAAGACCUGAAAGCUCUAAAUUGCUCUCAGUAAGCAUUCCUUCAAUUCCCACAAAUUUAAAGGGUGGAAACCUUCACCUUUAUUUUUAAGGUUUAUUUGAUAGUGGUAGAAAAUAGAAGAUUAUAGCACAAUCAUUCCAUAGUUUCCACUGCCGGGAAUAUCAGUAAUGUCUCCGCCAGCGGGAUAACUCCAUAAAUUCCAAAACAGCUCAAUGCUAUGAUAAAUUCCUUAAUAGUGGACAUGUCUGUCUACUUGGCUCAGUUCAUAUGGUGCAACACAAAACAUACAUCACAUGAAGUAUGUUGUGAGACGUAUGGUUUAAGGAAAUAUUAAGUUAUGUCAAAAUGUAAAUAGAUGAUGAAAAAACAUUCCAUGAAAACUGAAGAAGCCCCCAAAACCUUAGUUGUCCACUUUAAUUCCUCAAAUAUGUUCAAUAGGGGCUGAUGUUUUAUGCACAAGCUACAGAUUUUUUUCCACACACUCAACCAUUCAAAUCCUCCUCCCCCUCUAGUAGCACUAUGUAGCAUUUCAGUCGGCACCCGAGACUCUCUGGCCUAUAGUUUGAAAGUGGUAGCAUUAACAUUUAUGUGCAGUGAAGACGGUUGUUGAUACAGAGCAGCGGUGUCAGUAAAGCCAGCAUCAACAACAGCAAAGGUCAAGCUAAUUAAAAAUAAUGAGCUGCAUGGUUUGUUCAUGUAUCAGCCGCAUUUACCUGCUGACAUGGAGAAUGUUUAUACCUGUCAUAUUUAUGUAAUUCCGUUCAGAUAAGGAAAGUCAUUUAUGAUGAAAUGAGGUCAUUUCCUCUAUUUAAUUUUAAGUAGGAUGGGAAAAACAGGCAAAAAUCAUAUGUCAGCGUAUUUUACUUGAAUGGCAAUAUAUUAUAUAUAUACAGUAUAUAUCAGCAUUUGUUCAGAAGUGGGUUUUUUUUCAGUUAAAAGCCAAAGCUGUACAAGGUGUCACAAAAACACUGACUUUUGUGGCAGCAUACUCAACAAACUCCUGCAGAGUAAAGUGGACUAACUGAACUCUUAUGCUGGCACGUCGAAUCACCAUAAAUGGACUUAAAUACAUCGGCUACACAAAAACAUGAUGCAACAGUCUCUUUGAAAUACCAUAUUUACCCUGGCACUUGGUGCAUUUAAUAUUAAUAUGUCUCUGAGAGGGAGAGAGGGACAAAACUGAAAUGCUAAAGCAAAUGUGGUGAUGACAUGGGGAAAAAAUUGGACGAGAAUUUGUAUUGAAUAAUUGUGAUAUAGUCAUUUACUAAAUCCCAUGUAGAACCAGUUGCAUUUCCAGUAUAUUUAAAUGUAUUGGCCUCAUAUAUCCACGUUAUGAGGGAAGCAGCAGAUAAAUCAUGCAUUAAAGAAGUUAACACUUGAUUGAAAACUGUCUAAACAUGGCUCUGUUUGAACAGAAUUAUUAUUACAGGUAGAAGUAGUUAAUGGAAUAUUUCCACUUGUACCUUGUAAUAAAAGCUGCAGUCCUGGGCUCCAUUUUAGUUGCUGCUGCAUUAUAGGAGAUGUUUCUGUUAUAGACAUCAAUAUGCUGUGGGAAAACCAUGUGACCUUCAACACUAAUGGGCUUAGUUUUUUUUUUUUUUUUUUUAAAUACAGUAAGUAUUUACUGGUAGCCAUUUAGCUUUAAUUUAGUUAUCAUAGACAGAACUUCUCAUACUGUAUAUUAUUGCAACUCUCCGUGCAUUUCUUAAUUGCCAUUCCAGCAUGAAUUGUACAGGAUAUGCUCCUGGCAUUACUUGUGGAAGUCCAAAGAUUCCUCUAUAAAAUAAGUAAUCAGCUCUUGUAAUGUACCAGCUAACUACUCAGAAAUAUACUCCUAAUGCUCCCUCAUCACUGACACGCAAAGUGGCAGUUGCAUAUGGGUGUCAUAAGCCUCAAUUUACCACCUUUAAACCAGAGGCCUUUGGUUUUUAACUGUCAAAUGCAUCAGCAGGGAUGGAUGCCUCCCAUUUUCAACAGAAAGUUCCAGUCAUCAUGCCAGAGUAGUCCACUGCCAGUUCCCUGACACAGCCAUUUGGUCAGUAUCCAAUACCACUGUUUCAUCAACACAGUUUGUCACAGGUCACAACAUAUCACUUGUCUCACUCCAAAGUGUGUGUCAUACCGUAAGUUAUUACGAUUUCAUGUGCACACAGGAUCCAAAUACAAAGCCUUUUUUGUUUGUCAGUACUAAAGCAUUGCAAUAUAUGUCAAUACCCCAUCAGUUUUGUAGAAUGUAAUCACAUCUAAAUAUGACUAUUUUCAGACACUAGUAGUUACAUAUAGGCAAUGGUAGUUCAUCAAUAAUACCUUUGAAAAGACACUGUAUUUAAUAUUAAGUAUAAUCCUGUAAAGUAGAUCCUAGUGCCACAGAGGAUGCUGGGAGUGUUAAAACCUGCACCAGGUCACUCCCCUAGAGAGAACAAGACAGAUGGAGCUGUUGUAAAUUCCCAUGAAGGUUGAACUGUGAGAAUAAGGGAACUUUGGAGACAGUUUGAGAUGGAAAGUCGGAACUUUUGUAGCUGGAUGAUCACCAGCAUCACUUCAGCUUUGCUGUCAGUAAAGAGCGUCAGGAGUUCAGUCUCUAUGGUUGGGGGCACAGCAACAUAAAUCCAGAAGGAUUGCAAUUGACUUGACAAGAAAACAAACUAGUUCAACUAGGCUCUCUCACCUCAUUAAUGGCACUAUUUAUUCCUCCUUUGAUAUAUCUGUAUACAUAUGAAGAUAUACAUGUAUACUGUAUAUACAUAUUUAUGUGUUGACAUAUAUGAAUGUAUCAGCAAUGUGUCUAUAAUGUGUAGGUAUUGUCAGUUUGUCUUAAGUCUUAUAUAUCAUGUUAUAUUUGUAUAUGACAUUACAGUAUAACCAACUUUUGCACAGCACCCCCAUUUUUAUGUUCCAUGCGGUAAAUUGCAUGUACAACAAUAUACAAAUGUACAUGUAAAAUACCAUGUUAUAUGUAAUUGAGAUAUUUCAUAUCACAAUUAUGCAGAACUUGCUUAUAACUGCGGGGAUUUGAAAGCUUAACUUGGAUGCUGAGGCCUGCAAUCACCAUAUUGUAUUUACAAGUGAUUUGUACAGUUAUGAUUUUAAGUUUCCAUGGUAGUUCCUGAAAUAUUUAGUUGAAUUCAUGACAUACAGCAAGAUGCAGGUGGCAGAAUAAUAUGCAUAUAAAUAAUCCUGCAUUUGACCUCACUGCAUCACGCCAUUGCAAGUAUACAUCUUAUUACCAUCAUCUGUUCAUUUGGAGCUUCAAAACGUGCAUUUGGAUCAUUUUCAUUUGAGUUUGGACAAGCACAGCAGCUGUCUUGGAAGUGAUUUUGCUACACUUCUAAUUUCAAUUAAAUGCUUUAGGGUUGGAAUUUCCUUCGUUUUCUCUACUUACUGUUAGUGAACACAACAAUAGUAUGUUACUCAAGGGUUGACCUGUAUUGGCUAGAGACAAUGUGUGCAGAGUUUUACUGCAGUUUUCUAUAAUUUUGGCUUUACAUAGUCCCAUGUGCAUUAGCUGUGUGUAGAUUUGGGUCAGUGGGAAAGAAAGAAAUGUAUUUAAAUAAAAACAGCCAGAGGUCAUGCAGUGCAGCCAUUUUUAGACCAUGGUUUUAUAAAACACUCUGUUGUCAUAAAAUCCAGUCUUUAAACAGGAUCUCAAAACACGCACUGAACUGUCAAGUAUUACCGUAGCCUCUGACUCAUUAUUGGCAAGAAGAGAAAGUCAGAGAUUGUAAUAUUAUCAUAGGGAGUUAGAUUUAAGGGCAGCCUGUCUCAAACUCUGCUGAUUUAAAACAUGAGUGCAGUUGUGAUGCUUCUCUUGGGGCGGCUUCACAAUGUUGCAUUGUGACAUUGGCUCCCAGUGAAGGUCUCAGCCCUGGUUCACACACAGGUUGUUCCUGUCCACUCUGAGUCCUGUCCUUUGGUCAUCGCAUGCAAUUAAGUGUAUGAAACACACACUUGAAAAUGUUUCAAAAUCUGUGUAGUAAUACACAUGAUUUCACACAUUUUGCAAGCUAUUGGGACCGCUGGAGUGUCUGGCAAGAUAAACUGUACGCAGUACUUCAAAUACUUGAGACCAUUGUCAAGUGUAGUAAAAUCAUUUUCAAGUAUUGUGUCACACUGUACCUAUUUACCAUGACUUCACCAUGAACCCCAAACCACACAACAAUUAAGAUUUCCCUGUCCACUAAAUUAAAUUGUAUAACAAAUAGUUAUAGUCAUGCAUUUGUAUUGUACAAAACAAAAAAAUAUAUACUGAGAUGUAGCAACAGGCGGAGAACCACUUACCUCAGUGCUCUCACUCAAACACAAACACAUUGUACACCAGGACUGUCUGUGCCAAGUAACCUAUUGUACAAAAGCCAGUUAUAAAUGUAUAUUAUUGGCUUUGACGUCAUAAAGAUAACUGGGGUUUCACUCAUUCAAAUAUUAGCAUCUGCUCUACAAUACUGCCCUCCCCCUGAAACUAAAAAGCAACAACUCUCUUUAAUUUGAUGAAAAGUUUUACAUGUCUUUGAAAAUGAAAUUUCUUUUUUAAGAAUUCCUUUGAAUUGGUCCAGGAUGAGGGUAUGUACUUUAAAGCAUCAACUGCCUGUACCAACAUGCUUAUUGAUUAAGUCAUCAAGUUUUUGAGGCUCCAUGAGGUGCAACUCCCUCUGUCAGUAGAGAGCCUAGUAAACAUAAAGUGUUAGACAAAAUAGCCAUGCUAGAAUUUUUCUAUUCUGCAUUUUUUGUAGUGUUUUGUAGUAUAGCCACUAUUCUCACUGAUGUUGCACAUUAGUUGAACACCGAAACACAAGCUUGUAUUCUUAAACACUGGGAUGCCAUGUCAGGCCAAGUGUGAUAUGGUAACUGAAAUGAGGAUUACACUCGUUUGAAUACCUAACACAACUCCUUUUGUGUAAAAGCAAUGGAGCAUCAAACCAGUAUGUAUGAAAAGAAACUUCUAUAAUGGCUGUACAGCUGUUUUAACACUGUCAUGCAUUGAGUAACAGAUAAACACUGCCACCUGCUGUUCAAUGACUAAUUUGCACAAGUUGUGUUUUAACUGCUAAUUAUUUGUGAUAUUGUAGAUCAAAACUCAAAAGCCUCAUUAAGACAUUGUAGGGUUUUUUGUCUAUUACCUUCCGAAUAGGAAACACUGUAAUCAAUAUUGCUACAUCUUGUUUUCACAUUGUAGCAGCAUCAUUGUGUGGGUUAUACUCAAGGUACAGUAUAUAAUGUAUUAUUGCGAAUGUCAAAUGUGAAAUGCCAUUGAUGUACAUUCUUAUAUAUACUGAGUAUGUAACACACACUAAGGCAAUUCUGAAUUGCUGAAUUUUACUCUCAUAACUGGGCUAUUAUAUAGAUAGUGUCAUUUGAUAUUGGAGUUUUGAGUGUUGACUUGCAAAUGAAACAUUAUUUCCUGUUUGUUUACUCCUUUACAAAAAAUUUUGUUCACUUUUCUUUAGAUGUAUCCUGUUACAAGUUGAUUCUAGGUUAAUUAUUUUAUUCUAGUCUAAAGAAGGUUAUUUUUUUUCUACAGAAGGAAACUCUGAUGUGUCCAAUGAAAGAGCGAUUGUGACCUACUUCUCUGUCUUAAUCAUUUAGCUAACUGUGUCAUUAUCCAUAUUGUUUUAGGAUGAGUCACCAAUAAUAGUAGUCAGAGCUGGGCCAGCCAGGCAGUAAUUGAAAGUGAUUUAUAGUGCUAAAAACUGAACACAUUACCAGAUUGGAGGCGGAUUGCUCAGUAAUGCAAAUAAAGCCAGGUACCAUUUGUUUCUUAAGGCAGAAAAGUACAUUAAAUUGACUUACAAAUGACUUCCUGUUAUUUCCAUUCUAAUGCUCAGUCCCAUGUGGCAUAAUCCAGCCAUCUGCUCUUAAGUAGGCAAAAACAUAAGACACUCAAACCCUCUGUUUCUGACAAGUGAUGUCUUGCAUCAUGGAAACUCAUCUGGCUGAACUUAUCUGAAUUGUCUAUGAUGCAAUAAACUCCAUCCAUCUGGUACUUCAGUGUUCGAACUAAGACAAGAUGUAAUUUGCAAAUACUGUUUGGCAUAGGCACAGCCCCAACACCACAGCUCUCAUUUUCUUCUUGCUCCCAUUCUGACAAAAGGCUAAAGGAGGACUUUUAGCACAACUGAGCCCACUGCCUGACUCCUCCUGGAGUCUGUUACACAGUCAUAGUCUUAACUUGUUCCAUGUUUGUGUUUUUGUUCGUGUACAAAUGUCAGAGAACAUUGUGGUGACAUUCAACAGGUUGUAGACUGGAUAGGUCCGUGUGUACUGUCUUUGUCACCUGCACUGACAUCUCAGAACGCAUUACAACAGUAACGACACAGCACCCCACCCAAAGCCUUACAGUAAAGAUUGAUUCUUGGGAUAUGUUUUUGAUUUUGUGUAUUUCACUUCACACAGUAGGAAGGGACUGCUCCCUUACAGAUGGAGACAUUGUUGAAGUGCACUUGAUUUUAAAUUGCAAUGUUAUUUUCUUACCUUGGAGAAGUCCCUUCUUUCUUAUGUUUAAGAAUAAAUGGCUGAGGUAUUAACAUCA